AUAGGCCGCAAUAGCUGAGUUAUGGUUACUUUUGUGUGGUGUUCUCUUUGGAAUCAGUUCCAGCGGAUUCAGCUCCAUGCGGGAAACCGUGCCAGACACUAAGCGCGGUCGCUUGGCACAGCUUACCGUCCGGACUCCUCAUUGCUCUUUCAGCGAGGACGCCAUCCACCUCCACAGCCUAUACAACCCCCAUAGCACGUCGAGACGACAUACAAUCGCAGACUUGAGCAUCUCUAUUGUCCCGUGUCGCACACAGUUAUCUUUCCGCCACCUUCGUCGCCCUCUCAAGGGCCUGACACCCCAUCAUCGCAGACCACACGACACCGGAACCCACCUCUUUUCAGUACCUUUCCACGCACGACUAUCGCAAUCGAGUGACGGUCAGGUCUUCCUCAAUUCAUGAAAGGAACGGUGGAGUUGCCAUUCUGCGCCUCGCCGUUGUUUGUUGCUUGUUUCUUGGGGUUACGGUGUCGCCAAGUGUCAAGAUAGGCUUGGAAAGGGCUAUCCAGAGCGCCGUAUCACACAUCACUUAGGUCAUAUCCACGGUCCCAACUGCAAAUCCGCAGAUGACGGCUGUCGCACAUCUCCCGAACUUGCAACCCAUCAACAGAACGGGAUGGAGCGGGUCUAACGGCGCCAAUAACGGCCUGAACACUACGAGCACCGACGACGUUUCGAGGAUGCUCAUGCCUCGCAAGACUGCGCAACGUUCAAAUUCGUCCUCAUCGCUAAACUCCCUCGCUUCUAGCUCUUCGACUACCUCAACAACAUCAACGCAAUCAGCGUCUUCUGUUUCCGCACCCAAGACAAACGGCGUCAACGGCGCUGUAAAUGGCGACUGGGGUGCAAGAAAACGUACUGCUCGCGGUAUAUGGCAGCCAUCCAAGUCAGAACCUAUAUCCGGUAUAACUACUGCGCGUCCUCAGUCCAUAAACUCUGCUACAUCAGGCCCUUCCGCUGCCUCGGCCAUAUCCGCCUUGCACAAUCCGAACGGGAUGUCGCUUCAAGGUCAGCCGGACACACAGCAGAACGGCUCCAUGCAGCUGGGAAAGUCGCGGCAAAAUGAGAAAACAGCCGUGCUUUAUCUUACACCGAUGAAUGGCACCUUCGAACGGAAGACAAUCAAUGUUCCAUUCUAUCCAGAUGUCCUAAGAAUAGGACGACAAACAAACAACAAGACUGUACCAACACCUACAAAUGGCUUCUUUGACUCGAAAGUGCUAUCGCGGCAGCAUGCGGAGAUCUGGGCUGACCGAAACGGCAAGAUCUGGAUUCGAGAUGUAAAGUCCUCAAAUGGCACAUUUGUCAACGGCCAGCGACUAUCACAAGAGAACAAGGAUUCAGACCCACAUGAACUUCGUGAACAAGAUAUGUUGGAACUAGGUAUAGACAUCGUCAGCGAAGACCAGAAAACCGUUGUGCACCAUAAAGUUGCUGCACGAGUAGAGCACGCCGGUUUCUACGAGCCCAACAGUGUUCUGGAUUUAAAUUUUGGAGAUCUGGAUUCAUCCGCAACCUCAAGCCUUCUUGGUGGUAAUAUUGGGCAAGCACUUGGACAAAUGCGACGAAGCAACAGCAAUUCGUCGAUCAACAGUACUGGUAGGGUGAGCAUUGGAAGUGCUACGACCAGCACGAGCAACAUCCAGCAACGAGUACCACACUUUUGGCUUGCACCAGUGAACAUGGACAGAAUAAUACAAAAGCUUAAUGCAGAGUGCAAAGCUGCUAAGCAGCAAUCGCUCGAUUUGCAAAGAGCGCAACAACACAUCGACGCGAUACUAUCAGCGGAAAGCCAAAGCUUUAAGAAGGACUCCUCGCAGAAGACCUCGCCAAUCGAGAAAUCAAAAGGGAAGGAUAGUUUUCGGGCUCGAUUUUCGGAUCCACCCGCUCCUCCUCCACAAGCACCUCUGCCAGAGAAGCCAGAUGCAGCUAUACAUCGCGGCGUCAAUGUCGUCUCUGGAACUUUCCAGCCAUCACUAAGUAGGGCUGAUACGGAGAAGCCGAAGCUUCCGACGUCAAACACGUCUCAACCAUCCACAACCGAUGCCUUGGCUACUGCUGCACAAUUCGCAAGUUUAAUGGAACAACUUAACAAGGCAAAGCAAGAAGUCGAAACCGAGCGAGCACGAUUACGGGAAACAGAGGAUUUGCUAGUCCAAGAACGGGUGAAGCGUGAAGAUGCUGAAGAGCGGGCUAAGCGAUUAGAAAGCCAGAAGCUAUUAGUACCACCACCGCCGGCGAAGCCUGAAGAUGCCACUACGCCGAUAGACGAUGUGAAACAAGAUCUUCCGAAGGAAACAGAAGCGGAUGUAAUGAAGCUCCAGGAGCGUUUCGAUCUGCUGUUGGCUGAAUUUAAUGAGUACAAGAUCGCAGCAGAGCAGUGGCGGGCGGAGAAGGAGCUUGCAGAGAAAGAGCGCGACGAAGAAAGACAACAGCGGCUCACACUGGCAGAGAUGAUUGAGAAGAUUAAGUCAGAAGAAGCGUCACGGUCACCGAAGCGCAAGUCUAGAGGACGGCGAAGAUCACGAUCGAAGUCCUCAGACACGUCACCAUCCUUAUCUCACGACGGCGCCAAGGAAGACCGCGAUAUUGAUGCGGAGGCCGUCGAUGUCGAACAACAUCACUCAAAUGGCUCUAUUGAGAAGACCAUCAAAGCUGCCACUGCUAAUGGCCACCCCUUCGCUGGUAGCAGAACAGCGUCAAAUGGACCCAAUCAAUCAGAUACCCAGAGAAACACGCUUGUGCGCAGAGAUCUGCAAUUGACAGAAGCCGCACCCUACCUCUCCGCUAUCAGUGUGGUGAUGAUUGGUGUAGCAGUAAUGGCGCUUUUGAAUAAGAUGCAACGAGGCGAGAGCAUAAAAUCAUGAUUACAAAGAUACCACCCAUUUUCGCAAAAAUCGAGUUUAGGGGGGAGUUGCGAAACAGCUAUGUUCGCAAUAUCGAUGCAACGAAUCUGACGGACGGAAGCACGCACGCACGCACGGACGAUUUGUUAAAUGAUGACGCGGAAGACUGGACUGGCAUUUAGACAUUCUUUUACUACUACUACCACUUUUUGGGUUUGAGAAGCAUCAUGGAUACACAACAUGGUUAUUUCUGUGGGGCUUCGCCAUUCUUCACUUUUUUCUGGCUACAUCACACAGACGCUUCCGAAACGCCGUAUGCCUGCUUCUUGAGAUGGUUUAGCGGUGUUGUUUUCCUUUGUAUUUCUGCAUAUAGUUGUGGCGUCUGAAGGAGUUCAGUGGUUCUUGGCAAAGGUAUCGGGACAAGAGGUUUUGGUCGUGGCACUCUUUCUUCCUCCUACUCCCUAUUCUCCUGUUUUUUUCCGACUUCUCUUUGUUCGGAGUAGGAAAUGUCGUGUAGGUGUAUAAGUGGAUAGGCAAAAUGACCAUAUUCUACCGCGUCGGUGCACGUCUCCGAGUUUCCGCUUCGUAUUUCCGAUAAAGUUCAUGAAUUUACCAAGGCUGUAAGUAGAGGAUGUGAAAAGAGCACAGCAAGCAGAUAUCCGAGUUCGAUAGUUGUGAUUGAGUUGUAACACGGGACUUCAAGGCCCGUACCAAAUCUGGUGUAUUGCGGGAGAUGGAGGCCAGCAUUCCAGCGGCUUGUGCUCGUUUAAACAGUUCGAAAUAGUUCUUUAGCAUCUUUACUAAA